UCUGUUCCUUCUGUACUUUCCUCUCUUAUCGUCUCUCCCCACAUUCGUAUCUUCUUCCUCAUAUCAUCAUCAUGGUGCAUUCAAAGAAGUUCAGAGGCGUCAGACAGCGUCACUGGGGCUCCUGGGUCUCCGAAAUUCGCCACCCGCUCCUGAAGAGGAGGGUGUGGCUGGGGACAUUUGAGACGGCGGAAGAAGCGGCGCGAGCGUACGAUCAAGCUGCCAUUUUGAUGAGUGGUCGGAAUGCUAAGACCAAUUUCCCGAUAACCCAGACUCCGGACGGUGAUCCAAAGGCGGCUGUGGCGGCCUCGGCCACCGAUCAUAGCAAGGCAGGGGCGGCGAGGGAUCUGGAAGAGAUUCUGCGCGCGAAGCUGAGGAAAUGCGGGAAGCUUCCGUCGCCGUCCAUGACUUGCCUGAGGCUGGACACCGAGAACUCCAAUAUCGGAGUGUGGCAGAAACGUGCCGGCCAGCGUACUGAUAGCUCCAACUGGGUGAUGACAGUGGAGCUGGGAAAGAAGACCAAUAGCAACAGCAACAGUAAUGAAGCGGAGAAAACGACGUCGCCGUGGACGUGCGAUGAGCGUGCAACCUCAGAAGGAAAUGAAGUGGUCAUGGAAGGAGGAGGAGGAGGGAUGAACGAGGAAGAAAGAAUAGCACUGCAAAUGAUCGAAGAACUUCUUAACAGAAACUGUCCAAGUCCUCCAGGACCUUCAUUUCACGAUAUGGUUGAAGAGGACCAUAACCAUGCUUAUGCUGAAGGCUUUCUCUUUUGACAUUAUGGUGUUUGGGACAAGAACAAAAAGGUGGGUGAUGAUUAAUUUCUUAUAUGAAUAUUAAUUAAUUACUAUAUAUGCAUAUAGGUUUAUAUUUAUAUAUAUAUAUAUAUAUAUAUAUAGGUAGCUCUAAGGCGAGGAGGUUAAUUAUAUCAGUUAUGACAAGAAACAGGACG